CGACGAGGUGUGUAGUACAGCCGUGGUUCUAUGCAAACAUUCCACCAGAAGUCCUUUAGCCGCUUGCUGAAGUGCUCCGAGUCACACCCUUGAGUGGUGGGGGCGGUCCAGCGCACACGGCAAGACCGGGACUCUCCCUGCCCACGGGCUGCGAACUGUUAUACCGAUGUACCAGGCGAAAGAGAGCGCAACAGGUUUGGGAUGAAAAAGGUGACCUGUUCGCUCACCGUGCUGAGGCAAUCUGAUAUGCCCAUCAAUUGGAUCUUAUUGACGUUUUCGAGGCAUUAACUUUGGCAAGAUGACGUGUAUUGGAAUAAGUUUCCCGUGAUGUUUUGUCGCUAACAGUUACUCAGAAUGAGUGUUUAUGCUGAAGCUCUGUCUGAAGGUAAAUUCUGGACACUUGUUCUGCGAUUGUUACCAUUACUCUUCGUGAAAGCAGCAGUUGGCUCACCCGUAUCAAGGAUUGAUCGCGUUGAGACCGCCGCUGUCGAGGGCUUCCUGGAGAAAUAUGGCUAUCUGCACCAGGAAAACCACAGACACAACGCAGUGGAGGUCACCUCAGCGGUCAGGGAGUUCCAGUGGCUGUCCCACCUACCUGUCACCGGGCGGCUCGACCGGGCCACCCUGCAGCAGAUGACCGCUCCCAGGUGUGGAGUGGGGGACGAGGGCAGCCAGCGUGCCUGGGCCAGGCGGGUCAACAGCAUCUUCCUGGGUCAGCCGGCCACCAGCGGCCAGCACAGACGCAGCAAACGCUACAGCCAGCCAGGGGAGAAGUGGUACAAGCGGCACCUGACCUACAGGAUCGUCAACUGGCCACGCCACCUGUCCCCGGGGCAGGUACAGCUGGCAGUGCGCGCUGCCUUCCAGCUGUGGAGCAACGUGUCCGCCCUGGCCUUCCAGGAGGUGACGCAGGGCCCCGCCGACAUCCGGCUGGCCUUCUUCGAGGGCGAGCACAACGACGGCACGGGGAACGCCUUCGACGGCCCAGGGGGAGCUCUCGCCCACGCAUUCUUCCCUUGUCGCGGCGAGGCACACUUUGACAUGGCAGAGCGUUGGACGCUGAAUGGCCUCAAGGGACACAACCUGUUCAUGGUGAUCGCACAUGAGAUCGGGCACACUCUGGGGCUCGAGCACUCGCCUGUGCGCCACGCCCUGAUGUCACCUUACUACAAAAAGCUGGGCAAAGCCUUGGUGCUGAGCUGGGAUGACAUCACUGCUGUUCAGCAGCUCUAUGGAAAGCCCCCGAGUGGUCAGCUGGUCCGGCUCCCAGGCCGGGCGUUCAGCUCAGCUCUGCAGGACUGGGAGCUGUCCCAGGGGGCCAUGGGAGAUCCUGACUCUGCCCAGCCCCACUACUGCCAGGGAUUCUUUGAUGCCAUCACUGUGGACCAGAACGGCUCAGUCCUGAUAUUUCGAGGGGGGCUGUUUUGGACGGUUUCCGCCCAGGGAAAUGUGAGCACACCCGUACCCCUCCAGCAGCGCUGGCCGCAGCUCCCUCUGGCUAUAGAGGCAGCUGCCUUCUCACCGCUGGACAGCAAGUUCUACUUUUUCAAAGGCAGGCGAAUGUGGCGUUACUCCGGCAGCGAUCUGGACCCUGGCUUUCCCAAGCAGAGUGAGAAGGUGGGUCUCCCCAGACACCCAGACUGUGCCUUCUACUACGCCCCCCUGGGCCACAUGGUCCUAUUCAAAGGCUCACGCUACUUCGUGCUCAACCUGAGAACUCUGAGCCCAGAGCCGUACUACCCCCGCGCUCUGGCCGACUGGAGGGGCGUCCCUCGCGAGGCCAACGGGGCCCUCAGCUGGUCCGACGGCCAGCUCUACUUCUUCAAGGAGGAGCAGUUUUGGAGGUUUGACCCGGGAAAAGUUCGGGUGACAGGCCGUGGACAGUGGGCCGGAGAGCUGGAGUGGACUGGCUGCCGGAAGACUCAUGGGGCCAAUGACAUCCUCUGACCCCUAGGAGGAGCUCCACACCUAGGCUGAGGGUUUGGGUUUGGGUUACGUGCAAUUUGUACAGGUAUACAGGUCCCUGGGCUCAAUAUGUCCUCAAGACAUAACACAGGGGAUGCCUUCUCAUUCAUGAGGACUUGGGUUCUGUGUAAGUAGUCAGAUUCAUGACCAAUGAGUGGAAAUCCUUGUCAAUGUUUGUCAUAAUGUGACUUGGAAAAUCUGAAUUGGCAAUAUGGAAGUCUCAUAGUUAUUCCACACAGCCAUACAAAUAGAAGGAGUAUAGCAAAGGCAAUAAGAAAAAGUGUCAUGACACCCUGGUCCUCUAUGGAGAAAAUCCAAAAUGUGAUA